GUGUCGUCCAAGCCUACAAGAGUGGCAUAACCCUCCAGGGAAACACCACUAGCCUGGGCAGGUGGGACUUCCGUGGGUCUUUCUUCUUCUCCAUCUCUGCAAUAACAACCAUUGAUGCAGCAGCUACUACAUCCCUUGAAGCAAAAGAGGCUUCCUGUGACACAAAGCAGGCUCUGGAUCUGGACAAAACCACUUACCUCUUUGAAAUGGUUUGGUGUGUCUAUACUGUUGUUGAUGUUUGAGGAAUGUCUAAUGUGGGGUGUGUGAAUUCUCAUUUGCACAGUAUAAUCUAGCUAUAGGUGUGCUUAUAGGCAGCCCAAGAGCCACUUUCAAUCCAUUGAUGAGUACAUCUGGUACAUCUGUACCAUGAACAGUUUCUUCUUUUUUAAUCAAAUUGUUUUAAAUUAUAUUUAUCUGACCACAUAAUUUAGCACCCAGCUGUUAAGAAGCUGGACAAACCAGCUUUGUAAUGUUGGUUUCUCCAGCCUUUCUGAAGGCAGAGAUAUGAGUUGCAGGAAUGUAUCUGUUUUGAUUCUUUCUUGGUUUUCUAUGUCACAUAUAGAGACUGUUGAAAGGUUUUACUGACCCAUAUUUUUUGACCAUGGACUUUUCCUGCAUAGGAUAAUCAAGACUGAGGAGAAUAAGGCCUGCUUGAUGUCUCUAUGUGCAUAAGAAAGAUAUAGGAAUUCUAGCACCACCAGAGAUGAAGAAAGCAGGGGAGAAAGAAUCAGCUCAAAGGUAACACUAUCAGACACUGAAAGCAAAUGACAUCAUCUGUGGGAACUAUUUUAUUUUUUUUUUUUAAGAGACGCAUUAAAUGGUUUAUCCUCUUCUAUGUCUUCAGCUAAAAUGUCUCCAGUCUUUUUCUAUAAAGAUAAUUUUCUUCACAGUAUUGGAGAAUGCAGAAAUCAACAUGUUGGGCUGGUUUAAUUGCUGCUGCACUAAACAGCAGACCUCUGGCAUUAAUGGAAGGUGCCAAUUUAAUUGAAAAGAACUAAUUUUCCAUUUCCUGGAUCUGUGAAACAUGAUUUGAAAUAUAAAUGGGAACCAUACCCAAGGGGAUGAUCCAGAUUGAUUCAUUCAAAUUAACAUCAGUGUCUGAGUGAAUGCGCUUGUGUCAGUUUCUAAGUGAUUUUUAAGUUGGAUAAAUUGAGAAGCAGAUAGAGAGAUGAAUGAAUAGGUUAGCGGGUGAGAUGUGAGCAUAGUGCAGAAGUCAUGGUUACCUGAACAGAAGAGAGCACAAACGGAAGGAGCUGCUGGAUGCAGGAAUGCAUCUUAGAGCAUCAGGGCAGUGACAUUUUUAAAUCCAUCCUUCUUCUCUUGAUCAGCCCACCAAAAGAUAAGAAAUGUCCCUGAGGCCUGAGAUAGGUCCCUCACUUGACACAUGUUCUGCUUUGCCGGGGAAGGAAGCCCCUCUCCAUGGGGCAGUGGAGGUGUUACAGAGCCAUAUAUCCAGCACUUGGUGUUCUGAGGGCCCUGCCAAGGAUGCUCUGGGUAAUGCAAGUCUGGUAACCACAGAACAGCUAGUCAGAGGUGAGGCAAAGUAACACCAGUGGCAAGGUGCACUGAAGUUGAUGGAGCAGUGAUGAAGUCUAAUUCACUGCGUCUUCUUGCAGAGUUUAGAAGAGGUAUGAAGUGAAGGUGUGCAGCAGUAUUGUCCAGCUUUAAAUGAUGUAGGUUAUCUAGGCUGUAAAAUACUUCAUUUUCCUUUCAAUGGCUUCCAUACAACAGCUAUAAAUGUGCCUAUCUUUCCCUACUGCUCCAUUUAUUGCUGCCAGUCUCAGGCCUGCUGUUAUCCCACUACUUAUUGUUACUGGUUUCAGCAGCUCCGAAACAAGGAUAAAACACCCUAUUCAUUGGAGCAGGAAUCUGGGAAUUUCCACAACCUUCAAUAUCACUGUUUUCCCCUCUCUUUAUAUACAUUCUUUUGCAGACUUGCAGCAGAAAGGUUACCUGAUCCAGGUUUUUCCCUGUCUCUGGUGGGAAUUUAUUUAUAUGGUAGGAUGAGAGGAGUGCUCAUGAAAGUUAGGAGCCAUACAAGCUGUCUUGCUGUUUUGGGGGAAGCCGUAUGUACUAGAUAUUCAGGUUUAUUACCUUAAGGUGAUUUGUGAAUGCUGGGCUAUGUCUGCCCUUUCACUAUUACAGAGAUGCCCACAAGAAUUGGCCUGUAUGAACUUUUUAUUGUACUGUUUUUCAUGAACACCAAAUUAUGCAUGGGUUAGUUUGUUAUUGCUGGGUCACUCAUGCAUACUUGUACAGUCAAGCUAGAUACCGAUUUGGAUUGUACUUUCUGUUAUAAAAGCGUGCACAGCUAUAUGUAAACCUACACCAAAAACAUCUGCAUUCAUAUACUAAAUCUCAGCUUUUUCUUUGCCUGCAUUACUUGAGGCAGAACACGUCUUGCAUUAACCUCAUACAUGGGUUGUAGGAAGACCAGUGCAAAUCAGUGAACUGGGUCAUUGGCUGGUAGUUUAGAGGUCUGGACUCUGUUAUCUGUUUUUAUUUUGACCUGUUGCUUGACCCUGGGAUCUCUCUUUGUUCAUCUUGUCUAUUCAAAUUGAUGGGUUUCAUUCACAGUCUGUACUGGAUACAAGUACUCAAGACAAAAGAAUCAGGGUUUCAGGAUAGGUCUGCAUUGUAGUCUUCAGCUGUGCUCUUGCCUGUGCAUUUGCCUAAACCCUCUACUGUGUCUGCACAAAAAUCUUGUUUGCAUGGCUUGGAUUAUAUGAUAAAAUUCAAGCUAUUCCCAGAUGCUAAUCAGUGGAUUCCUGAGAAUGCCUUUUGUUAUGUAUUCUUGGGUUGAAAAGAACUGUUGACUAAAAUCACUUGUAUCCUGGAGCUCCUGCACACCAGCUCCCCAUCCACCCCACUUCCUCAAGGAAGCGCAGUAGCUGCUGGUUACAUCCAAGCAGGAGCCAGGUGAGCACAGCAGGCACCAAUAGAAUUUAUAAGAUACAUAGCAGUUUCCCAUUUCCUUGCAAGCCACGCAACCAUCAUCAUCCAAUUAUUGGCCAGUAUACCUGACUCAUGUACCCAAGUGACGAGUCCCAGUAUGACUGGCUGUGGGGAUUUCCAGGCUGUCUCCCUUUCUUCUGCCCUCUCACUUGCAUGAAUGGUGGAGAUGCUGUGCCAGGGCAGGGCGCCUGCAAAGUCCUCCCAAAACUGUCUUGUCAGACUGGGACCCACCCCAGAGUGAGUAUUUUCCUAGCAUGGAGCCCAUGUGUGUUACCUGAGUUGCUUCAACCAUUAGCAAAGAAACCCACUGAUACAGUAUAAAGGCCUUUUACCUCUCAGACUUUGGGAUAUGAGUGUUACGAAGUGUUUCACACCCUGUCUAAUCCAUGACUGGUGCUGGUUUGAGUCUCAUUUCUAGGCAUGGCAGGACAGGAGUUGCUGUUAUUCCACAAAUUUCUUAACACUCCAAUCAUAUUUUAAGAGCAUAAGAUUUAUCACUCUCGCUAUUAUGCAGUUUUUGUCAAUCAUUAUGGCUGGCAAAUAUCAAAUAUUUCAUGUCUGAAAAUUAACAUUUUUACUGGCCCUAAUAUUGCAGCUAAUGUAUGAGGUUACUCACUUUCCCUGCUCCAAAGCUGUGAUUGUUGAUGACAGUUCUGCUGAUGAGAAGAGAUGUAGGAAGACCCACCUAAAUCCCUUUAUCUGUCCACAAAUGUUGCUGUUUCCUGACAAUGCCAUUAAGUAGGGGCCUCAAUAAUUUAAGAUACAAAUCUGACCAGUGAUGUGUUUUGUCCGUGAAACAAACAUCUGUUAUUCACCAUAGUAAACAAAUCACUCUUUUCAAAGUAAUUUGCCUAUUGGAUUAUAAUUUAACCCUUAUCAGGAGUGUGAACCAGGGACCUGAACAAUGACAGUUAAGGAAAGUUAAGUGUUGUUUCCUUGUUCCUUGCAAGUGGUUGUGCAGAAAAUUGAUAUUGUAGCUUUUGUUCAGCAUGUGUACUCAUAAACUCCUAUCCCUUUCCUGCUCACAACCAUUAAAAAUUACAGCAUCCAAGAAGGACUGCUUCUACAGAAAAGGGUGGAGAGCCCAAAUCCUUCACCUUACAGGUAACUGGCAGUGCAUGGAAAAUUGCACAUGGAUUGAGCUACUAAGUUCUUCCAAAAAAGAAACAUAUCUAUUAAACUGACUAUCAGGUGUCUUGCAUUUUGUGGGUGCUUGGAUUAAUGGUUAAAAACAAAGUCUGGAGACUCAGAUCAUGCUAGCUGUAAUUCUGUUGACAUCAGUGUGAUCAGGAUUGAGGUCACUAUUUCUUGACUUUUGUAGGUCACAGAGCCUUUUGCAGCUGUGAUAAUUAAGCCUCAGAGCAGUUCUCUGAAAUGUUUUACAUCACAGUUAUGCACUGAGUUCAAGACUUUUUUUAAAACUAAUUUUCAAGAUACUGAGAAUUAAUUUUAUUUCCUUUUUGUCUCUGCUACAAGUCCACAUUAUCUCCUGGGAGACUGGCUGGCUGUAAGUGACCUGAAGGCCACAAAUUAGAUGCUACAGGUAGGAGUAAGACCAAGAAGUCUUGUCUCUAUGACUUCUAGACUUAAAAUAUUGCUUAUUCAGCAAUGUGUUUUUCAAACACUUGUGAUCCAGAUUUCUUUAAAGAGACACAUCAUGACACUUUUUAAAAAACAUUAGCCUACUCCCAUGCUUUGCAAACCCUUUUCAUUCUGUUUUAUAGGUCAGAUCAAUUCCAAUACACAGACAAGCUGGUCAUAAGAAAAUAAUUCAUUAAUCUCAAACCAGAUGUAACUGGUGAGAUUUUUAGUUACAAUUCUGUCAAUGAAAAUUAAAUGAAAUUACAAUCCCUUGCAUAGGGAUUUGCUUGGAGUGAAAUUUACCCAAUGUAGACACUCACAUCUGAAUGGGGUACUAACUGUUCAUGUUAAAUAAUGGAGAGGAAAAAAAGGUAUGGCUAGGGCAUGAUUUAAUUUCAUUCUUAAAUUGCUGGUGAAAAGACAGCAGAUAAAUCUCACUAUAAAAGUAUUUAUUUCCGUUAGGUAAAAGGUGAGCUUAACAUGACUACCUCAGAUAGAGAUUCACAUCAUAAACAUCUGAAGUUGAUGAGAUCCUACACAAAAGGUGAGUGCAAAGGCGGAGGUCACCCUGUGAAGUAAAUUCUGUUGUGUCAGAGCCCACAGUCAGAAAAUAAAUUAUGUUUGCAGGAUUCUGGAAAAGGCACCGCUUGCAAGACCCACAGUCAGAAGCUCUAGUGCCUGAAGGAAACUUGCACUUAAAAUGCCAAUAACAGGAUUUGGAAGAUACUUGCCAGAAAAGCAAGGUAUGGAAUAGGCAGAAGCGUCUCUGUUUAUCCACCAAGCUGGUUAAUUGAAAAAGAACAAAGGUCAGCAAGAUAAGGCCAUGCAGGAGCCUAGCAAAAAAAGCCCUUGAGUCAGACUAGGGCAUGUUCAUGAGACUGAUACACCCAGCCUGUAAAUGCCUCAGUGUCAGUUGUGCAGGCAGGAAAACCCUGUGGGCACUUGCAUGUGUGAGGAUGUGAUGUUCCCAUAAAAGUGACAAUUUUUUACUCCCUGUCCACACUACUAAUUACUCUUAUUCCAAGGGCAUUGGGACAGCCUGAGUGGGAUCUAAGGUUCCCAUGGAUUCCUGUGCUCCAGACUGCCAUUUCCAUCUCCCCGUCUCCUCCAUAUCCCAGAUUUCAAUCUCUUCUCCAUGCAGUGAUUUCUGUGUCCCAGAAGGAACAGAUGACUAGCAAAUAUUUCAUCUAAAAGGAAGCUCCUGUACUUUUCCCCAGGAGAACAGAGAGCUCUCAUUUGUAGUCACCAUAGCCUUGCAGACAAAAAUGGCUGUAACACUUGUUGUGAGGCUGGAUGGGUGCUAGUGCUGCUAGCUCGUGCUGAGCUCUUUCAUGCCACAGCUACACUGCUGACAUCCAAACUAAUACCUGCCAGCUCCCAUGCCAACAAGUCUGCAGUUAGCUCGAGCAGUGCUACUAGUUCCUAUGGCUACAGGUCAGGUGUGUGCAGAGGUUGCUGCCUGUAGGUUUGCAGAAACUGUAAGCCCAGCCUGGCAAAACAUGAGCAGGUGAAGUCAUGGGGACAAGCCAAACUCUGCUGGUGAAGCACAGCUCUGCUGCUAAAACUCCAUCAGCACAAGAGACUUCUGCUGGCAUGGCCAUCUGGUUCAGGGACCCAGCCGUGCCACACCAGGCAGAGGGCUAGGGGUGAGAUCUGCCCGUCAACUAUAGUGGUUCAGCAACCUAAAUAAUCUUGCCCACUGUCUUCAAAACCAGUAUGAGCUGAGUUCCUCUGAUAUUCGAGAGAAAUCUUGCUACUUUAGCAGGCCUUUCAUAUACCCACAUAAGGACAAGAGUAGUUGUCACUACUAGGCGAGAAAGGUCUAAGUUGUCACAGUAGGUCAGAAAAGGUCUAAGCCAACAGUUCCCAAAUGCCGGACUUGUGGGCCAUGCUGUGCAAGUGAGACCUGAUGCAAGGAUUGCCAUGCAAGCAAACCGUCUGCUGCAGCUAUUGUCGAGGACAGAGGAUGGGCAUGGUACUGAGCACACAAUGUGACUUGGGAGCCAGCUGCAGACCAUGCACUGGGGUCCCAAUCAGCAUUUUUUGUUACUAUUUUGGGACACCAACAGAACACUUGCCAUCCUCGAGUUCUGACCCCACAGGCUUUAGCUGACUUUUGUAAGUCAUAAUUAAGAAAACAGGAGGGAAAAAAGGAAAACAGUAGGUCAAAACCUGUGUGUAUUCCUUAGGAACCAUUACUUCAGUGAGAGACUGUUAGCGCUACAAGAGGGACACUUCCUGAGCACUACAGAGAUUUGUCUGUUAACAAGAACUUUAUGAAAUGUUCAUUAUCACCACCUACCUACCAGGGGAGCUAACAAUUUCACACCCUUUUUAUUCUUAGCUGCACAUUAUACCCUCUUAACAACAUUUUAAAAAUAACUGCAGGAAGAACUGAAUCACACAUAAUUUGAACAAUUAGAACUGACAAGCUGUUUUUCUCAUCUAGUAAAAUAUGCCCAUUUGGCAUACUUUGCUGUCUAGCAGAGCUCUUUUAUUCACACCACUGCAGUCUCUAAGAAAGACAAGCUAUUGUUAUUCCAUUGAAGAAAUGAACAUCUGUGCUUUCAACAAAAUUAAUAUAUUAAACGCACCAGAGUUAUUUUAUAGACCCUGAAUUUAUUGUUAGGAAGCAGACCUGGGAAAACUGAAGACACGAGGCCAAGCAAGUGAGUCCUUGUGAAAGGCCUCCUUCCUGGUCCACAGAGUUAGCCAGACGAAAUGAAUCAGCCCUCUUGGGUGCAGCAUUUCCUGUUUAUAAACUGGGCCUUGUAAUGACAUUUGCUCAUCCACUUAAUAAAUCUUAAAGCAGUUUGAGAAGGUAGCACACUCCAUGUCAGAAGUGGCAUAGCUGUUCUCUUGACAAAGUUCAGAUUUCUUGCUGAGCAGCCUAAAAAGGCAGGUAAGUGGUUAGUGGAUCAAAAAAAAAAAAAAAAGCCAGGUGACUUAAUGCUUUGAAAAAUCCUAGGAAGUAGAUUUCCAUAGCUGAAUGCAUUUACAUCUCUGGCCUCUUUUACCCCAUAACUGCCUGGUUUCUUGGGGACAAUGACAAGAUUUUACUAGGAAAUAAAAACUUCUGGCACAUGACCAUUGCUAAAGAAGGCUAAUUAGAGCUGAGGGAGCUGACAACACCCUAGUUUGUGAUGUCGUGUCUCUUCCCAUAGGGAAAAGAGGUGACAGUGAGCUGAAGCACCUCUUUUUACUAGACCCUUAUUUCUGAUUUUUGCAUAGUGGUUAGCUUCUUGCCUCCAGACAUCUCUGAUCCACUGCUCUACUCUGCUCCUACCACCUGUCACAUACACAGCUUAUCUCAUCCCACCCUCUUGGAUGGUAAUGGGAGGUUAAUUAUCCAGUGAGAGACAGCAUGACUCCCUUCUUCUGUCUCUCUGGGCACUGACAAGGUGCUCAUAAUUGUCAUAUCUACUUCAAAUAGCAUGCUAGGUAAUUUAGGAGCUGAAAAAUGCUGUCUAUUUGUGACCAACAAAUCCCAUUAUUUUCUGCUUGAUCCAAAUCUUUCUUUCAUUCAUCUGUUUUCUAGAAGCAAAUCAAACAUGCUUUCAUUGUGCUCUCUAUUAGCAGAAAAGCAAUGUCUAAUUCUUAAAAAUGUGGUGUUGUUUUCCUGUCCCCUUCUGUUCCCUGAGACUAAGUAAUCUCUUGUGAAAAAUCUGACCCUAUUAUGAUGGAACUGUAAGCUCAGAAGAAAUCAAUAAGUGUCGGCUUGCUGCUAUGCCAAACCAAUCUGGAUAAUGCACAUCAAAAAGAUAAGACUGAUCCAUUUCCAUGGUCCCAAAGGGAGAGAGCUUAGUGCAUUGUCAUUCUUCCUUGCCUAAACUGUAAUGACUACAGACAGGGGAUCUGCCUGAUACAUAGAGUUUCUGUCUUUCCACAAAUCAUUAAUCUUAUUAAUCUUAAUUCUUCACAAGGGAAAUCUUAUUUGAAGCUCCAACAGGUAAUCCUGUUAGUACUUUGGUCCUGUAAUGUAGUUUUAGUAGAGCUGAACCUCUGAAACACCGAAGAUCCUUCAUUCUCAGUGAGGGCAAUGGGAACCAAUAGUCCCAGUUACUUUGCAGGGUCAGACUGCAGUUAAUUCAUUCCAACAAUUACAGCUUGUCCCCUCAGCAUAAUCUUUUUUUUGUUUUUGGUUAUUAGAUGUAGAAUUCUAGUCUUCUUAGCUAUUAAAAAAGUGUACUUAAAUGCAGGUGAAUUUGAAAUUAGGUGUUUGAUUCUGUAUGUGGUUUGGGAGAGGUGGGAAGGGGGACUGCAGGCUUUGCGUCCAGAAGGAACUGGCUGCAGGAACAGGGAAAUGAACGAAGUUACUGUAUGCAGUUGUAGAAUGGAAGGGAUUUGGAAAGUAAUUCUUUGUAAAGCAGUGAGAUUCUCAGUCUAGCCACUGAAUGCAUGUAGGAAGCAACCCUGUGUUGGGCAGCCACACUGACUUGGUAUACCUGCCUCCAGCAAGGAAUAUAUAUUAACAGCACUGUUACCAACACUGUUACUAGGAACAAUCAAGGCAGUUUGCCUCAGGAACACCGUUUUGGGCAAUAGCAGCCUUCCUGCCCUCUCUUCAGUUGAAGCAAGUCAUGAUAUACAGGUGUACCAGCAACAACCACUGAAGCCCUCAGGCAACUGGAUUACAACUCAGGCUGAUGCACAAAGGAUUGAGCAAAAGCUACACCUACUCUCUACCAUAUGUAUUCUACAAAUGGCUGGAAUUUCUUAAAAACGGUAAAAAUUCCCCUCUGUCAUAUUUCUAAUCUGCAUAGGGCUGUGAAAUCAGUGUGUAUUGCUUGUGCAAAUCAGUGCUUGUGAAAUCAGUGUCUAUUGCAAACGACUUAUGAUUUUGUGGGAUAACCUAAACACUGAAACCCAUGGCACAAAUUAUCUCAGGUUCAGUUUCAACUGAAUCCUAAGAGCUUGUGCUGGUAGAGCUUGUGCUUACCUCCUGAUCCCUGUUGCAGCAGCACAUUCAUAUCUACACCUGCCCUGAGCCAUUAAUUUGGUUCCCAAAGAGGCAGGAGGGUGCCAAAUUCACAAACCUGGUAAAGCUCACUCUACAGCUGUGUUAUUAAACAUCUGUGUUUUCUUUUUUGUUAAGCCACCGUCUGGGGAAUGAAUUAAGAAUUGUUGAGUUUGUGUGGGUUUUUUUCCCCUGUAUAAUGAUUUUUUUUAUAUUAACUUAAUUUUAAAAAAGGAAAAUAUUUGCCAUUAUGUAAGGAAUAAUCUGACAAGUAACAGCCCAGCAAGAGACCGCCUGUUUGGGUCCAUAGCUCUCUUUUCUGCAAACAUUCACAUCCACAGCCUUCUGCUUUCUUUUCUCUCACAAAGCUUUUUUAUUGAAAUUACACCAGAAACAGUCCAGAUUUUUGGAAGUGAAAAUUCAUUGCAGAGCUUAGACACCCAAACGUCCCCAGGAGACCUGGUUGUGGGGGACCCAGAAAAGGCUCAAGAUCUGAUUUCCUUCUUUUCCUCAGUCUUUGCUGUCGGUUUGCCUUCAGCCUCCCAAAGCUGUGUGCCUUGUGGCUGAGUUUGGAGACAAAUAUUGCUAAUGGCAGGGGAAGAUUAAAUCAGAGACUGCGUAAGCAAACGCAUCAGCGUAAGCAUGGGGAAGUGUACAAGUCCUUGGGAUGGGAUGGCAUGGAUCCAAAGGUUCUGCGGGAGCUGGCUGGUGUCAUUGUAAGGCCACACACUAUCAUAUUUGAAAGAUUAUGGGAUGAGGUCCCCAAUGUCAAGUAGAAAGGCAAAUGUCACACCUGUCUCCAAGAAAGACACAAAAGAGGAUCUUUCUUAGCAAGAACGUUGCCAGCAGGACAGUUCCCUCAAUUUGGUAUUCAUGAGGCUGCAUUUGGUGAACUGCGUCCAGCUUACAGGAGGAAGUCAGGCAGGGGACCACAAGGAUGAUUAUGGAAACAUGAGAUGGGCGGAAACACUGAGACAACAAGGUUUGUUGAGCCGCAAAAGCUAAUUGCCAUCUUCCACUACCUAUGGGGGGAUUAUAGAUGAGACAGAGACAGAUUAUCCUCAGACUUGCAUCAGGAAAGGCGCAAGAGGCAAUGGACAGUAAGGGAAAACUCUGACUGGAUAUAAGGAAGGAAAAUUUCAUCCUGAAAGUGAUUGUGCACUGGAACAGAAACCCAGAGAGGCUGUGGAGUCCCAGUCCUGGGAGGCUUUCAAAACUCAGCUGGUCAAGGCCUUGUGCAACCUCACCUAACUUUUAAGUUAGCCCUGCUAUAAGCAGGUAGUCUGGUCAGAUGGCUUCAGGGAUGCCUUUCAGACCUAAUUAGUCUGUGAUUCUGCAACUCUAUCUGGUCUGGAGACCAUUUCAUGGGCUUUCUUUCCUGCAUGUAUUGCCAAAGAGUAAAAGAGAACAAGACAGUCAGGAAAGUAUACAUAACUGUGAAGUCACAAAAUAAUUCCCUCACUUCAUUAGAAAAAACAAGGAAAGUAAAAUACUUGCUUAAAUGGACCAGACUCUAUUCUGUUCUAAGCUAGCUGGUAUUUGGAGAAUUAUGAUUCCAGAUAAAGGACAUUGGUACUACCACUUACUAUAAAAGUGAGAGUGUUUUGUGAGACACUUUCUGGCUUAUUAGCAGUAGCCUAAAUUUAUUUGCAAUUACUGGAAUUUCUUCCAGUUUUUCUGAGUGCUUUCAAAUGCAAGGAAGUCCAAAGUGAUGCCGCUGAUGGCUCAGUGAGGAGAUCGUGACUUCUGGUAUGUGGAAUGCAGCAUCAUCUGACACAUCUGCGUGCUGGCCUUCUGCUGGGAUAUUCUUUUCCUGCAAUCUCAACAUUGCAUUGCAUCAUCAGCCAAAGCUGUUUUCUUUAACUCCUAAAUUUAACAAGUGUCUAAAACCUCCAAAUCCACAUAAAAGAUGCUAAACUCUAAAAAUUCUCCUGACAUUUUCUUUUGAUGCUGGAGUUCAUUCAUCUUAAUAUCUUUCCACUAUGAAAGUGAAUAUGCUGAGGAGCAUAAAAUUGACAUGAGAGACAGAUGAACACUAAUUGAUUAAAAACACUGCUCCUUAAUGCACUUCUGUUUGGUAUGGACAUUUACCAGCAAGCAUCAUCUCAUUAAUAUAGUGCAGCCAAUACCGAGCUAUAGCAAUGACUUAUGGAAAAACCAUCUGCUUGCAUGACAUUUUUAUUAACUUUCCUGCAGCACACAGUAGUUUCACCACUUUCAAUUCCACUUUCAAAUUUCCAUUCUACAAGAAUCUGUAGGAACAUCUUGUAUGCAUUCCCCACCCACAUGAACACAUGCAUACAUAUGCUAAGUGUAAAAUGGUCCAUUAAUGGUUGUUAUUCAUAUGCUGUUUAGUCUCAUCACAUCACAGGUUUUCCAGCUCAGAUGGCCAGCCUAGUUACCCACAGUGGCAGCACAAGUGUUGCCACACAAGUAUUCAUUCCCUCAGCAACACUGACAGAAGUGUUAGUGCAAAAGUGAGAAGUUACCUCUCUAGAAACAGCCCGAGUACCUGAAGGUAAAGCUAACUAUUUUUCUUCUGAAUAUAAAAGGGGACCAAAUUCCUUCAUGUGCCUCAGUGAGUUUCUGGCUUGGCUCUUCUUCCAGACUUGAAGGAAAUGACAAACACAAGGUGCAGCAGGCAUAUUCCCAAUGGUUUUGAAUGUCCUGUGUCCCUCGCAGCUAGUACUCUUAAAAGCAUAAUAAUGGCCUUAGGACACUCUUUUAGAACAGUGUAGUUCUGUGUGGUGUCCCAGGUCAGGUCACCUGUGGAGCAGUGCCAUACAGAGUCCUUGCAGCAGUCAGCUCACCUCAGUUUCUCACUGGUGUUUGAACACCAUCCUGCUUGCAAGGCUGAGUUUUCCCAACUCCACACCUCCUCCUGUUGGCCAAAUCCAAAUUCAGUCCUCACUGAGCAGCCUCAGUGCUAACAUCUUCCCAUGAAAAUAUCUGCUCCCAAAAUGCUGUCAUUCUUUUCUGUCAUGUGAAGAGCCACUCCCAUGAACCUCCCUUGAGAGCCUUGCACACACCCUAAAUCAAGCUUCGAUUCAUCCUGCUUAGAUAGCGUGCCUGAUGAUAUGAUGCUGUAUACCCCACCUUAUUAAUACCCAGACUUUGAGUCUAGAAAAGCCCCUUCAGCAGCCUCAUGGACUAGUAAUGAUUCGUCUCUCUCAUAUAAGAUUGACUAAGUUUUUUUUGUUCAUCUUAUCUCUUGGCCCAGAAAGAACCUACGAACAUAUUUUGCAUGUAAAGCUGUCAAAACCCAGAUGUCUUACACAAGAGCAGCUGCUUAGGACUUUGUCCUUAGCUGGCUGGCAGUGCAGUGCUAAAGCAGAGCCCAGUUUCCUCCCCUCCUGGCUGCAGCACAGUUUUGAUUACACAGACCCUUGAACCUGCAAGUUCUCACAUGACAGCGAGAUCUUUGCUUCUCCUCCAAUUGGCUUAUCAACGUUUUAGUGACAUCAUUGCCAUGCACCUAAUCUGGAGAUGUCCAGCAGCCCUGAAAAGAAAGCUGUUCGAGUGGGAUACUUACAUGCAGGUACAUCUGCCAACAGGAUGGUUUCCUCAGGUUUAAGGCAGAGGCUCCCUUCUGCAAUUAGUUUGUGCUACAAACAAGAGCUACCCGUUCACUUGUAAUGUCCUCAGCAUCCCUGAUGGUCUUAUUGAUAUGACAUGCUCUGUAGCUUAAAUGUUUCCAUUCUUUGCAGGUUGUUUUUGGUUUUUGUUUUGUUUUGUUUUCCCUCUGACUUAUAGAAAAUAUUACGCCUUCUUAUUCCUCCUCCUUCCCCACAUACCUUUUAUGCUUCAUUCUCCUUCUUGGCAUUUAUGAUAUCAAACCCUCAUCAACCUGUGCAUAACUAGAUAACAGCUUCAUUACUUGUGCGUGUGAGUACAAGUCCCACCCCUGUUACUGUGCCUUGGGUUUUCAGCUGGUAGCCUGCUGUGCAUUGCACAUGAACAGCCUCUCCAGCCUUGCACUUCUUUCCCGACCAAAGGAUUCACUCUUUCUCUUUUCUACAGUACUGUACAGAGUUUAAUAAAUAAAGACAAGACAUCAGCUUACAUAGUUGAGGAUACAGAUGUAGAAAGCAAUAUUAAAGCUAAACAUAUGUUUCAAGAAGUAGAAGCAAAAAUAUAUGCAGCAAUUUCUUGUGCUGGAUGGCAUUCACACUCCGAAGUUCUUUCCAGUUGAACAUUUGUUUUUUGAUUACUGUAGGAGUUGUGUAUGCAAAAAUACACUGCUAUUUAUUUAUCAACAUAUUUACACAACUGCAGUAACUCUGCUAGUGUGCUGUGGGGACAUUCUUGUGCUGUAACAAGGCCAUAAGCAAAGGGACCUGUGCUGGACAGUAUGUGCCUGUAUUUCUGCAUAAACCUGUCAGCACUUGAGCUCACAGUGAGCUUUUGUAUCUUGAAAGAAGCAAAAGCAUCAGAUCUUAUGCAUCAUCCUUCUAAACUCUCCCCUAUUCUCCUAUCAUUAUUUUCAGUCCUUGAUACUGCUGUGGAUACUCUUUGUAACAGUCUCUUCUCAAGCAUUAAUUCUGUAUUCUAGCACUGGCAGCAAGCCCCCUAAUCAGGCAGAAUCCACAGGCUUGGAUGGAUGCAAACAUAAUAUGCAAAACUCAUCUCUCAAGAUUGGAGUGCUAGUGAGAGAUGGGUCCUUUGAGCACUUCUACCCUAAGAUACAUUCUCUCUCAUGGACCAUCUUGUAAGAAGCCAGGAGACCUUUAUAGUGUUAAAUAGGAAUUAAACCAAUAGUAUACAAUUGAGCAGGGUUCAAUAAAAAUUGCUUUUAGAGUAAAGGAGGAAGGAAAAGAGGAAAUAGUAGUCAUCAAGGUGUGAGAUGACAGUAACCUAGCAGAGAACUUCAGCUGUAUACAUGGAGAUAUCUGUCAGAAGCUGCAAGAUGUAGACUCAACCAGUCUAAGGAGAUAAUCAAUUGCAUUGAAUAUGAUGUCCAGGUUACAGGUCUAUAUGAGAAAAUGAUAUCAUAAAAAAUUAAGGCAAAACAUCCAAUAUAUUAUUUAAGAUUAAAUAAGAUUAAAAUGGCAGCUAGGCAUGACAAGCAGAAGUUCAGCUGAAAAAAGAAGAGAAGUCAGCAGGGCUGCAGUAACUUUUCCAGUCCUCUGCACUCAGGUGGUCACUCCCAGGUAGGAAACACGUCUGCAGCAGCUCUGCACAGCAGUGUGGCAAUGACUUUUCUCUCUGGGCUAAAUCUGGAUGUGUUUCAGAACUAAAUACAAAGAAGCGAUCAGUGGGGGUGGUUUUAAUUGCUGAUGCCUCUGCGACUAGAUCUGCCUUUUGCUUCCCACUCAUCCAUCAAAAAAAAAAAGCCAACCAAUGCUGGGGACAAUUGCCUGUUGCUGCAUCAAGGAUUCCUAUAAAUUGUGAACGGCUUCUUCCAAGUCUAAAACAAUGUUCACAGAGGAAGUACCCUCUGUCAAUUUGUUUGCAAUAUGAGUGGUGCUUGAUGCAUUUGUGCUAGCUCACCCUUCAGCCUGAGAAAAUAGAAAUCCAGCUAUUGAAUAGAGACCACUUCAAGUGGUUUGCUCUUCUUUUAUGUCUAGUGGUGGAGAGGACUUGUUCAGCUGUAGCAGGGUGCAGGUGCGUACUUUCUCCUGCAGCAUAGUCCAGUCUGGUGUGCACUUUCCUGACCAAGUGACACAGACCCCCAGAAGUAACUGCAGCUCAUUCACCCUUUCCCCCUGUUUUCGAUGUGCAUGUGACCAUGUCUUCAUGAGCUAUAUAUCCUCUGCCUAUUUAUCCUCUGUUCUAAACAGCAGCGACAGUGCACAUCAUAGAAUCCUUUUUGAAGAUCUGUUGACAGAGUUUUCUUCCCAUUGCAGAACUCUACACCCCUAUUUGCUGGCUGUUGAAUUGCAGACUGAUUUGAAGACUUUGUUAUAGUUUAAAACUGCCUCUGGAAAUUGUUUGUACUUCUUUCUAUUCAGGGAGUUAGAAAUUCUGAUAUAAGUUGGUACUUUUGUUCUGAUACAUUUUGGACCUAUCAUCAAACUCAGGUCAUCACUCCCCUUCUUUUUCUGAAAGCCCCUCUCUGCAAACUUUGCUUCUGGCAAUAACUCAGAAUUCGGCUGCAUAGCUGUUUUAGUUGACUCCCACUACUCUGCUUCCCAUUCCAGCACGCUACUUGUUCACAGCUAAGAGGGUGAUUUUGAUUUUCAAUGCUUCAUGUGUCAGUGUGCAAGUCUGAAGGGAUCUUUUUGUAAUUGUAGUAACAACUCUCAAGAAAAUCAAUGGCACUUUCAUCACUGGUAUGAAGCAUCCAUUUUCUUUGCCCCGAAAGAAUGGAUGCCUUGUUGCAGAAUGGUGUUACAAUAGAGGCUGACAAUCAGCAGUUACAGAGUAAAGCCACAUCAUAAAAAAGGUCUGUCAUGAGGCUGCCUUUGAUAGGCAGCCAGCAGAAUUUGACUCCUAUUUACACUAAAUUCUCUUAUCAACAGAUUUGGCAUCAAAGGAAAUAUUGACUUCUAGAUUUUCUGAGUUUGCCUGAACCUGACUGAUCUGGUGGCCUGUCUUCACAGCAGCUCUUGCUAUGAGUUAGAAAGUUGGAAAAGUAUUAUUGUUCCAAUAUGAUAUGGGUAAAGGAGGUUCUCAAGCAAAUACAAGGCGACACAUCAAUGCAAGGACUGAAAUUGCUCAACUUAAUUUUUAGGCACUUGACUUGGCUCAGAGUAGGUACCUACUGUUGAAUCUACAUUCAACAACAGGUGCCAAAGCAUCUGGCUCAUGCACCAUUGCUCAGGAGCACAGCCCUGCUCCGGUCUCGCCCAUGCUUCUGGGUUUCUUUCCCAUGAAUGUAGGGACAAUGGGAGAGAAUGAUGGAGGAGAGAGCCUGGUGCAUGCUCAAACUUUGCCCUGUUAAGGGCCUUGGACAUAGCUGGGGUAUAUCCCAGCCCCAGGAAAAUGAAUGUGUUUUCCAGAAGCAGAAAGACAGAUUACGACACUGUAGGAUAUUAUGACUACCCUAAACCAGUGCUGUUGCUUCUUCCCUCUGCUGCUUUGCCCUGCCCCUGCCAAGGGUAAACCAGUUGCUGAUAGAGCUGCUUGUGUGGUCACUGUGUGAAACAGAUUGCAAGACUCCAUCUGAAAACUGAUUUCCUUUUUGUUAGUGCAUCCAUCACAGUCAUUUACUCACUGGAGUGGUUGCGCAAGGCUGUUUACAGCACAGCUGCACUACUGAGGGAUAGCGUGCCACUGGACCUGGACGGGGUGUAAAUGAGAGAAGGCAUCUCUGGGGAGAGGUCUGUAAGGAGAGGAACAAGAUUAUACUUUCAAGCGGAAUAGCUGUGAAACUCUUUGUAAUGUAAAACUACAGCCGAAGUUAGUUAGCUCAUCUUCUUGGGCUUUUCCUGUGGUCACUAGGGAGAGAUAAGCUCUUUCGGACUGACGGAGAGCAGGAAUCCUUAUCUCCCUUCAAUGAUUAUAGAUGGACCCCAGACAGCGAAGUCCUUAAUGUUAUAUGAUACGAAUACCCCCAAAGCAAGUAGUGAAGCCAAACUUCACCAUCUCAGGCAUUUGUCCUCAUGCUGUCUUCAUGUUAAGGAAAUAACUUUCAUUCUUGUGCCAAGAGCCUGCCAAAAUAGCAGAACCACGUUCCUGAGUGCAAAACUAUUUUGUAAAUCUGAUCAGCCAAUAAACAGGAAUCUGAAUCCUAACUACAAUUACCAGCCCUGACAGUCCUCAUCUCCAUUUUUUUUAUUAUUAUUUUCAGAAAUUAUAUAAUGUUUCUCUGGGUAAGCCAUUCCUAAUCUGUGAGCUACAGUUCAGCUCUGAGGUUGCUUACCCAGCUCUCAUUUUGUCCUGAAUUCUGCUGCAAAAUGUUCCUUGAUUAAUUCAAAUGGAGCCUGGGCUUAAAAGGAGGGGAAACUGCACUACACCAGCUUCUAGCUGAACUGGAACAUGGAGGCUCCAGUUCCCUUUCCAUCAAUACCAGUUUCUGUGUCAACAGGAUCAUGUGACAGUGCACAUUUGAUAUGGAUGAGUCAUGAGAUCAGGAUGCUGUUUUGGGGCAUAUUUAGUUACAGGAGAGUGGAUCUUACCUGCUGAGCUACUCCUUCAAAACAUUUUGAACAUCUUUGAGUUAGCAGAGAGAGUAUUAGUUCAGCUCCUCGCAUCCUGAGACUGCAGUGGGUUUGAUCCAUGACUGUGUACCCUGAAAGUGAAAUUACAGUCUCAGGGAAGUCCAGCACAAGAAAUGUCUGCCAGCAAACCAAGCUUCCUGUGUUCUCUCAUGUGAGGAUGGGAUUUAUACUCACAGACACUCUAGUCCAGCCAUAUCAGAAUUUGCAGUGUUUAUUUAUAAAAGCUGAAAAGGGACCACCCAGCUAUUGCGACCACACAGUUGUCAGCAGCUAUCAACCAAGCAAAACAAUUUUGCUUGUUAAUUGACCACUGAAUAGCAUGCUGUGACUAUCUGUCUUUGCUUCGCUCAUUCUCGCGUAGAAUUACAGACCAAGAAAUCCACCAUAGUCAAGGUCUAUUUUUUGACUGACAGAUAUGUAAUUUAGUUUACACACACUGCACCCAACGUGGUUAUAGAAAAAAAUCAGAUCGCAGAUUUUUUUAGAUAAGUUAUUCUAUAGAUGUAGGUUAUACAAUGGCUGCUCUGAGAUGCAAGUACCUAGUUAAAAUGUACUACACAAAAGUAUUUAAUGCAAGAUUAAUCUAUGUCCUAACUAUAUCAAGAACUAAUCAGAUCCCACAAGAAGAUACAGUUUAAAUACAUACAUGGGAAUUAAAACAUGUAUCUUUCAAAGGGUUUGCUGUAUUUAAAUGAAGUUAUGAUGUUGUGUCUUAGAUCAUUCCAACCCUAAGUACUGGCACAUGUAGUUUUAAUUUAUGUAUGUCUUCUGUGGCAUACAUCCAGUGAAAACAAGACAUAAGCCAAUGUCAGAAUGUCCUUAUGCCGAAUCACAUUGUUUAACUAAAUCUGUGCAGUGUUGUACUAUUUGUUAAACUGAUACACCUUCCUGUUUAGAGCUUGCUAUUCCCUUCUCACUUUCACACCCAGAUAUGCUUAAUUAAUUUUCCCUGCUUUCUACUUCAGCCCAUGUUUAAUGAAACUGUCCAAAUAAAACUAAGAGCAAAGACAUUCCUCUUAUAACAAAAUGAAAGAUUAUUCUCAACCUGGUAACAGGAGUUUAAGCUAUUUAUAGUCAGUCAAAAAGAGGUAAUUAACAGUACAUAAGAGUUCCCUUAUAAGUCUUUGCCUCUUUCUUACAAAUUUGCACAUGCUGACAAGGUGACCAUUAGCAAUUUCCUUCCUUCUCUUGGAAGAAAUGGGAGCACGGAGGUGGUCAUACAGCAGCCUAAGCACCCUGGCAACAGUGCCAUGUGAAGGUGGCACUGCCCUGUCAUGGUUAUGGGAGCACCAUCCCCACACCUCUGCAGACUGGUCCCUCACUCCUGCUGACAUAGCUAUUUGUGGGGCCUUCCCAUGAGCUAGACCAGUGAAUGGAGAUGAGUUGCAAAUAGGUGCAUCCCUCCCUUCCCUCAAAGAGCUGUUUUCACUGAGGUUCAUUUCAGUGCUGUGGCUCUCAGAAUGGUCCCAUGAAUGUUUUAUUGACACAGUGGAGCAGCUGAUAUGAACAAGCAGCUGGAGCUGGAUGGGAUGGGACUGGGGCAGGAGCUCCCCAAGCAGGUUCAUUGCUGAAAUCCCCAUAUUGUGGCAGUGCAGCCUGAGCAGAUUGUGCAAGUGAACCAACACCCAGUCCCAGCUGAAGGUGAGGUCUGGCAGCUCAGUGCUGAACUACUGGCUGGCCAUGCUGACUCAGGAGAGAUAAGGAAAAGAUGUGGGCCAUUCCUGUGAUAAUGAGACCGUCUAUCAGGCAAAAGUCCUGAGGGGAAAAUAUGACUUGUGUUUUAAGGGCCGUACCAUGAUACAGAGUUGUGUUACAGUAGCACUAACAGCAGAAUGCUGUUUUCCCAAAUAGUUAUACACAGAGAAUAAGAUGGACCCUGUUUCGAAUACUUCAAAAGUCAGCAGGAGAUGAUGGAAAAUACCGUGUUUGCACUUCAUUCGCACCAUAUGUCAGAGAGGUAGGCCAUCUCCUGAAGGAUGAAACAUAAUAGCUUAGUUUUCCCAUUUCAGAAUUUUCCCAUUUUCUAUCACUUGUCUGGGGGAGGUCUCUGCAUCUACUGGUGACCCUUCAGUUUGGCCAGAUGGCUGCUAGCAUGCACUGUUACUCCCAGUGAUACUGGUACUGGAAAACCCAAAUGCCACCAGUGUGUAAGUAAGGUCUAUCAGUUACGAAACAUAGGGUCUGGAAGGAACCUUCCCUCAUUUCAACCUGCCAAUAAUUGUUUUAUCUAUCUAUCUAUCUAUCUAUCUAUCUAUCUAUCUAUCUAUCUAUCUCUUUAUUUGGUCUUUUCUGUAAUGCAGGGACACACUCCUAAAUUUUGUGUAUUGUUUAUCUAAUAUAUCCUCUAUAGGGCAAUAAUGCAGGGCACCAGUAACACACUUUGAUACCCUGAUGCCUUCCUACGGCACGGUUUGUGUUGUAACCUUCCCUACAGAAGUUUGCUGUAGGGUACGGUAGAAGGAUUUGUGGUCUGUGGUAGAGCAUGGAGCAGAAGGUGUGUGGAGUCUUUUGGAGGAGAGGUAUCUUACAGUAUUGCCCGCAACUGCAGAAGUACUGAACCAAGGUUGUUAGCCACAAACCAGUCUCUUUUUGCAUGUUAAAGGGAAUGACAAAGCCGCUCAACAUUUCCCCUUACAGCUUCUCUCUUCCAGUCUUAGCCCUUCACAAGACAGCUAAAAGGAAUAUCUCAGGUUCCUCAAACUUUAUUGCUGUUUUAUCUACUGGAGUUACAAAGAACCUUUCAUGAUUAGUACUGUUUCCUGCCUACAAUGAUCCUUUUCUUCAGGACCUCCAUUAAAAUCCCUUUGGAAAUUCCACUGGCACUCACAUAACUCAAUAUUAGACUCUCCCUUCUACACCUCAGUCUUUUGAUAGUGGUGCCCACAUGACUAUCUCAUGGGUUGGUCUGCUGAGUGCACCACCCCACCACUGCUUUUGCAUAGUCGUGGUCUUCAUAUUGUCAUUUUGAAUAAGACACUAUUUGCCCAAAACCAAAAUAUCUUUGUCACUCUUCCCAGGCCCCUCUGAAACUGAAUCCUUUAGUACUGAAUCCUUUAGUAUUUGUGAUGAAACUGAAGCACAGCUUUAGUCCACUGCAAACAUCCACACAUCUGCUGUCCCCAUGGUCUCUCCUGGCUGCCAGAUCCAAACCAGAAACCAUGCAGUUAUGUUACCAUGGUCCUGCCCCUGAGCACAGAAGCCUUGCUGAGAGGCAGAGGAUUUGAACUCCGAUGGAAGUGCCAUGAUGAGGCCAUUACUUCUGCAUCAGAACUGGCUCACAUCCAGGCAGCCUGGGGAGCAAGCAGACCAGCCCUGGGACCAUCUGCACCCCUCUGUCUGGAGUCACACUCAUCAUCACUAGCAAGCAAAGGCUAAAUCUACAAAGCAGAAUGCUACUUCACAUUGCAGACUCUAAGGUCCAGCUGUCCUGACACUGAGUGACAUGCAGCCCCAAAUCCCCGAGUCCAAUGUGACCAGAGAAUUGAGUAAAGAACCUAAAAAUGUUACUUCUGAGAAUCACAACCUGCGGAGGAGAAAUAGAAAUUUUACAUCUAAUGGUGUAAAAAAAAAUGUAGUCUAAGCAAGGGAAGGAAUACAAUGUAGCAAUGGAUCAUGUCCUAAAGCUAAACACUUAAAUCAUGUUAGCCCUGUUUUAAAAAAAAAAAAAAAAAAGGAAGGGAGAGAGAGAUUUGACUUGAAUUGACUAUUCCUCUGCUCAGCAUCUUCAAAUGCUUUAAUCUCUACAGUGCAUUUGGGCAGAAAAGUUUCUCUGCAGAUCCGGGAUCACUAUAGGCGCUUCAUCCAUUACCUAUGCCACUUGGCAGCAAUAGAGAAGCCAGUUGCAGCAUCAGUGGUGAAAUGCUUGCUUACUUAGGUGGAAAAUUAUUAGCAUAGUUUUCUUGUUACCUAACAGUGGUCUGAAUUCCUGAAAGGGAUAAAGGAAGAAGAUCAUCUUCAUUCUUUCCAGCUGCACCAAAUAAACAGCAUUCCUCUUCUAUGUUUGUUAUUGCUUACAGAGCAGGCUGAGACGCCUUUUCUCCUCUAGUCUUGAUGCUUAUGAAAAAUUGGAAAUUGUAGGGACACACCCUGCAGCUGCCUUCAGCCAACAAAGAGUUAAUUGCAAUUGCCCCUCCAUUUGGCACUCCAGAGAAGGAUGAUAAAACCUUAUCUACACUGAAGAAAAAAAAAAUCACCAGAAUAACAAGCAUUGCAUUCAGGAAAAGGAGAUUCAAUGAGCAAAGCCUUCUUUGCACUAGGAAGUUUUGCAGCUUUUACUGUAUUUGUAUAGUCAAAGCAAGCAACCUUUCCCCACACUUUAUCACAAACACAAAGAUAUCAACUAAAAGUGCUGCUCAGUUAAUUUGGUUGAGAAGCAAUAUAGUUUAUAUUAGUGUCAGGCAACUUUAUCUGGGGCUUCUAAUGGCAUAAGCGCUUGUCUGGUAAAAAACAAGAUACUGUACUUCUGAUCAACAUACUUACUGAUUCUCUAAGGCAGACCAAAACUUUUCAGUUUGAAUCUAGAAAAUUGCAAACAUGUUGACACUAAUGUAGCUCUCUCUUUACACUUGUGCAUUGCACCUGUAAUUACAAUUUGUAAAUUGCCUUAAGGACACAGCGAAUUCUCAAGACAUUUUUCCAACAAAGCCCUUAGGAAACUGAGCUCCAGGACUGAGUUAGACCUCAAGCCAUGUAAUCAGGUUGCAUACUUAGUCUUUACCUUCUGUAAAUCGCAAAUUUAUGGAAACAGACAUUGGCAACAAUCACUGAACUGAAAUGAAUGAGUAUGGCUACUCAGGACUUUGUCCCUUAUAAAUGUAACAAUAUAAAGUGCAUCCAAACAACAUCUGCCUUUGCUCACUCAGAUGAGUGCAGAUCUACCCCACUGUCUCAUGUCAUUUCAGCUCAUCCUUUUUUUGAGCUGCUCUUUGAAGUGGUAAUACUUCUAUGGGACCUGUAUCUCCAGAAGCCAACGCACUAUACAAACAUCAAUAACUUAACUCCUAACACUCCAGAUAGCAAGGGAAAGAUAAUGUAACUCUGUUUCAUAGGCUUUAGUUCCACAGGAUCAACUGAGCUAAGACGGAUGUUGAGCUGAAGAGGUGGGGAGGAUUUGCAUUUCCUCCUGUAGUGUUAUCUGUUAUAUUCAGCUGUUCUCAAAUUUUCCAGUGAAUGGCUCACUUUUUCCUUCCUUUUAGAACUGCUUUAUUCUAUUUGCAGUCAUAUAACAUUCCUACAGUCUGUCUUUGAGGACUAACAUAAGGAAAGUAUUUAAUGUAUUUCACCUAAGGCAAGUACUAAGGCUAUUAAAAAACUUUUAUGACAGAAACACUCUUCUAUCACAUGAUGUAAAUUGAACUACGUCGGGUUACUUUGGCUGCUUAUCCUCUUACAAUGAAAAAGCAGACCUGGAGUAGUAGAGGAAAAAUUUGCUUUGGCUUUUAAUUUCAACAUUUACAUUGAUUUUGUCCAUUAAUAUAAUUAUACCAGGAUAGCUAUACCAACAAUCUUCCUAAUGGAGACAUACCUUAUGGGUGUAAACUAAGCAGCUGAAUUAAAUAAACUAGAUGACGUGAAGGAUUAAUUUUCUUUUUUUUUUUUCUUUCCCUGUUUUUUCUUGUUCUUUUUUAACUUCAUCUCUAUCAGUAGAUGUGUGAUGUUAUCUUUCAUUAUAUUUUCUGGGCUUGCAUCCCUUCUCUUUUGCUUUCUAUGAAAAUUCUUACUGGUAUAUUCAGGUAGUUUAGUAGAAACAAAGUUAAGUUGCAGCAAAUAUCAGAUAAGUAAAAAAUUAAUAUAGAACUUGAAAAUGCAACUCUCCAUUCCAGGAAUGACUACACACAGGAACUGAAGAAAACUGAACAUAUCAAAUAACUGGAAGGUUUCAGUGAAACCAGUUUGAAAAGCAGUAGCCAGGUACCUGUAAAACACAUUUGAGCUGGGGAAUCUGGGGAAUACAGAGCAAUACUUGCACUACACCAAGGCUGGAUGCACAGUAUGAGGAACUGCACUGGCAUCACUUCUUCCCAUUCGCAGGUACAGAGUGACCUCCCCAGUGGCCUGUACCCUUGGAGAAAGAGAGGGAAGGAACAAAGUGGGGUAGUGGAGAUAGAAAUCUUGGGUCAAACCUAAGCAAUGAAGUUUUCAUGCUCUGAAUAUUUGUCAUCUUAUUCCUAUCCCUCUAGAUAAAUCACAUCCUGAAGUACCCAAGAGAUUUCUGUGUGAUUUACUUUUAUCAGCUGGGGAGAGGAAAGGGGCACGAUUCCUCACCAGUAUGUGAUGUGCCAGCAGGUAUUCUGAGGUUGAACCAAUUAUUCUCCAAACAAAGUGCUUUUAUCAGUGCAGUUAGUUAGUAGGUAGUUCACCAUAUCUGAAUGUAGGACCAUUCUACUGCUAUAAAUAUGUCCUUACUAGGAGUUAGUAUGGUAUAUGGAUACCUUAUGCCCUAAGUAACACCUAGAAGGAGCAUAGCCCAAAAGCUAUUUGCCAGAACCAGGCAGAAGGUGAAGUUCAUCUAAGACUCCACUGCUGCUGAAAGCAGAGGGUACCCCUACCUCUGCCUAUCCUUUGGGCCAGGGUGAUGCUCACUAGGGGAUGCUCACAGGAGACCUCAGUGUGAGUUUUACCAAUAAAAAGGUUUUGUUUCUUCCUAGGUCAGGCCCCUGGCCUUGCUGACUGUGUGGCCACAGAAAGACUAAUGGCAACACAUAGGAAGAGAGAGAACUUCAUAAAGUGCAGCAUUAAAUCAAAUGAGGAUAAUCAAGGAAGUAUAUCCUAAGUCAAUAAAUAAUGUUGAUCAGUGAAAUAAUUGAGCAAAUUCCUUUCUGUUCAUGACAACUAUCCAUGCAGAAUGAAAAAAAUGUGUCAGCUAGAUGUGUUAGCUACAGCAAGGGAUUGGUUCAGGUCUAGUUAAGAAGUUGCUUAUAUGCAGAGUAAGAGAGGAGUGAUAAGACACAUUAACCCUUGAAUUAAUAAACAGAAUGUUUCAAUUUUAGUUUGGUUGGAGAGGAAACAGAAAUGCUUAAGCUGCCAUUUUUUUUGAAUGCAGCCCAAGAUGUGGGUGGUAACAAAGCAUCGAGAAGGUUGCAAUUGAUUUGGAGCAUAUGGCAAAACUCUUUGUCAAGGAAAAGGAGGGAAAAAAAGUUGUUUUGUUUGCUGGAAGAAAAAGAAAUGAGAAGACCAAAGCAAUUCAAUCUGCUGAGUGUGAAAUGCAUUAGGAGGAUAGGAGUGUUGCACAGCUGAAUGCUGCGCUGUCACUGCCAGACACUUCUCUGCUGGCUCCUGCUCCUGGAGCUCUGGGCUGUGGGGAUAGGAGUAUGUUGCUCCUGCCCAACACAGGCAGAGAGGAGCUGAGGGAGGUUUUAUAGGUGUUUUGAAACAGAAUGGAAAAAGCUUUUUAAGUAUUUUGAAACAGAAAUGCAGGCAAUAUAUACUUUAUUCAGAUAUGAAUGGCAUUCACAUCUGGAAACUGUACAUCUGUCAGAAAAAUCCAGUUUCUUCUGUGUUUCCAGACUCCUGCAUCACCAACACUGCCACUGUGGAGUCCUUAGCAAUCCCCUUCCCCACAUAUCACCAUCACUUCAGGUACCAAGUUAGUCUUGACAGAAGAAGAGGACCUGCUCUGUUAACUCUUUCCAUCUACCUGGUUUAGUCAGAGAAUCUGUCUUGCUUCUUGUGAAAGGGGAUAAUUGCCUUCUUUUCGCUGUUUUGGAAGAGAAGGAGGAUUUGAGAGAUAUCUAAAAGUGAAAGCAACUCCAUAAAAAUUUCUAAAACUGCCACACGCGAUUUACACUGCAAUUAGGAAACCACUGUGCUGGUGAUAUAGGUUAAAAUCUGUCUGCAAGGGAGCCACAGAGAUGAAGCCGCUGACUGCAGAGCCCAAAGCAACCCUGCAAACUUCAGUGCUCUCGACGGACUGCUUUGAACUUCAACUCACUGGGAAUUAAUAGAGAAUGAACUUCCUCUACCAUGUAGGUUUCAUGAUCUGGGAUCAAGUGUACUAUUAAUGGAAAGGGCACAGAAGGUCUUUCUUGUUUUAGGUAUGCCCCUUUAUUGAACACACAAAAUAUAUAUAAUCAAUUUAUAUAUCAUUGAAGUGACAUCUGAUAAUCUAAGUGUUGAUCAAAGUGCCACAAGUGGUAUAACAGGUCAUAGUUUGGAAAUCAGUGUAUGGCCUAAUGAAGUAGUACAGGAGGAAACCUGAGGGAAGAGGGACAGAUGUCAGCCACAACAGAGCUUGUGAAGGGAUGCCACCACGAGAUGUUAGGAAGCCAACAUUUUUUCCCUUUUGACUCAUUCAUGAAGGUUUUGUUCUUCCACUAAUGGGUUGGAAGGUGUUAUUUCUGUGGACGCUUUGCUGCUUGAAUCUCUCUUUGUCCACUUUGCUCACAAAAGGCUUCAUCUUCCCCUGAAUUUAAAUGGUUGCUGCUGGAAAGUGUUGGUCAAAAGGUUUUGAGGAAUCCAUGUUCAUAAAUUAAUAGAUAAUGAUGGCAGAAGAGAUUGUAACAAUUCCCUUGUUCAACUUCUAUAAAAUCCAGCUGAAGAAUUUUAUUUUAGCACAAACAGUUUAUCUCCUGCUUACGCCUAUAGAGCUCUUUCUAUACUGUAAUAAUAGAAAAUGCUGGCACACAUGCUUCAGAAAAGAGAAAUUUAAGUCUUUCUUAGGGCAGAUCCAACCUGGUAGUGGAUUAUCUCUGCAGGACAUUACCUCUGCAAUUUAGCUGAGGAGCAAAGAGGAAAACAGGUGUUAUAAUUCAAAACAGCCAAAUAGUCUGAAUUUUUUUUUCACUUUCUCCUUUUUUAUUUUUUUUUUUCUCAGUUUGACUGAACAAAAGUUGGACCAAUCCAUCUUUGAAAAAAGUUUUGGAUUGCCUGUCAUCCAAAUAGACCCUAAAGUCUCAGAAGAAAAGUUUACAGCAGUCAAAUAGGCUCUCACUGUCCUCCACUUACCACGAGAGAGCUGGGAAAACAGCUCUACUGUCUGUUCUCAUAGUAGCUGGAGGGUCCUUAAAAUGAAGUCCGUAAUCAGCCUUUAUGAUAUGAAAAUGUGUUUUAGAUAGUUAAUAUGCAAUUAGAACUUACAAAUUUGAAGUACUUCAGCCACUGACCAACUUUAUGCAGUAGUUUAAAAUGUGAUGCUACUUUGACAUGUGACAAAUAGGAAAGAAAUCAUGAGUGCUGACAACCCUGUAGUAUGCUCAGCAUUGUCUCGGAUGAUUUUAAUGUUCUGUAGUGUUUUGUUGGGUUUGUUGCUUCUUUGUUGUGUUGGAGGGGAAGUGGGUAAAGAAGCAAAGUCAUGAGCGUACAUGUUCCUUUCUGACAAUACACUGCAUUUGUCCAUUGUUGAUCUCAUAGGACUGAUCUAUUCCAUGUCUCUGAGAUGCACCUUUGGUGGAAGAAGAGAGGAGGAUAUAAAUGCAGGACUGUGCUUUCAGGAGCUUCCCUAGGAGCUUGGCAAGGGGCCUGUGCAAGGAUGCUCAGCAUUAGCAGCAGACCAGAGAACAAAACUCAGGAGGCCUUGCUCUUGAUCUUUUGUUCUAACCUCAAACUUAUGUAUUUACUGAAAAGGUGUUUCUACUACUUCAUUAGUGAUUUUCACAUUAUAAUUUUAGUUUUUCUCCUGCUUUUUGGUAUAUGCCCACAAAAACUCGAAAACAGCACCUGAAUGUUCUCUUAUGUGCUAAUGAAAGAAACUCAAAUACCAGGAGAGCAGCUUAGGAGUGGUUCUGCUAUCAUGUAGUAGACUUAUAGACAAUGCUGGUUAAUGCCCUUUAAUGGUAGGUUAUUCUCAAUAUUACCCACAUACCUGACAGACAUAAAUAAAUACAAGCCAUUUCUAAACUUAGUUGGUAUCUUAAUUGUUCAAGAGGCUGACACCUGCUAUGGUAAAUAACCAAUGUAACCACAGGGAAAACAGCGUGUCCGUUUGCUUUUAUGUAUUUAUAGCGCACAUACCUCCGUGGUAUGCAAAUAUUUGGUUGCAUCACAUUGCCUAUAACUUGGUUUAUAACUCACAUUGCUCACAACACAGCCUGAGCUCCGGUAGAUAAUUCAGCUGAGCAAACUGUCCUGCUCACACUGACUCAUAAGAAAGAGAACUACAGCAAGCAGCCAGGUGAUGGAAACUCAGCAGACCAAGAGGCUAUUUUUAUUGUUCUGAACAGUUUGGUUUACUUAAUUUUUUAGCCCACAGAGUUUCCGAAGCACUCAUUGAUGUACUACAAAGGAAAGCCAAAGUACCAUUCAUACGGUUUAAAAGCAAUUUAUUCUAAAGCAAGAUAGACUCUAAAGUAGUGAAAGACUGUCCUAAGUAGAGGUACAUUUCAUCCUGUUUUGUAUUUCAUCGUCUUUUAAAUCAUGAAACCCAUGCAAAGAUUAUUUUUAUACAAAAACUGAUGCACACUUUUCAAUGACAAAUGGCUAAGUGCUCCUUUCCAGACAAUAGUGCUGAGAAAUGGUUUGCCAUAGACUUAUUGGGGAUUAGGUCUUUUCAUUAAAAAAAUAAUAGCAGGAAAAGAAUCUUUCUGACCUUCAACCAUGUUAAUUCAAAUUCCUGUGUACAUCUAUUUCAAAGGGCAUUCUGAGUUCAUCCUGAUCUUCUAAUCCUUGCAUCACAAGGAUGAAGCAUUGAUGAUUUAGCAUCUCUCAGCUCAGCUUUCUGCUUCAUUUUAUUCCUUCUAGAUAGGAAGACCUGAUCCUUGGCCAGCUCCCACAACAGGGAUUUGCAUAAGUUCACUGACAGAUCAUAUGUUUGCUGGGAGAAGGCAUCACCAAUGCAAAGUUAAAGACGUCCACUGGUAUUUAUUUCAUGCCCUUCAAGCAUGUUUCAGGUAUAAUUCCCACAUCUGAAAAAAAAAAGGAAAUAAAGGAUCAAAGGAUGUAUCUGCAAAACCUUGACGCUUGCCCUUCCCUGGAUAGCACUGGAAUCAUGUGCCUGUAUGAGGUGUGAUUAGCCAGAAGGACUGGUCACAGCAGUUCAACAGACCUGUGAUUCAUGUUAAAAGGUGAUCUGGAUGGACCAUUCCCAUCUGUGAAUGGGGUAGCAAAUUCCUUGACAGGGACACUCAUUUAAUCAAAGGAGGGCUUCCUGUAUCUUCAAGAGCUCCUACACACCUCUCUUAGGCACUACAUUGAAUCUGUCCUAUAAAUAAGGAUGUCAACAGCUGGCCCGUAGCUGUCUGUGCAUGACAAGUUUAAUGACAGGUGAGUGUAGGGUUAGAUUGCAUCAAGUACAUAAAGGCUAAGAGACUAUAAAAAAGAAGCAAAGGGCUUAUCAAAGUUGAGAGAUCUAGUGUUCUGGGGUGAGGUGCGCCAGGAAUUUGGCUGCAGGGCAAGUGUAGCCACCCCCCCUGCACAGUUCAAAGUUACCCUCCAGUGUGGGAGCUAUUCCCCAAGCUAGGCAGGGUAAAGGUUGCCUGAACAUGUACUUUAAUUCUUCAUUCCUUGUGUUCAUAAACUUGGAUUUUUCUGACUUGAUACUUUCUAAAAAGGCAAGGGACCUCAUUAGAUAGACUUGGCCAUGCUUCGAGAAAAUAUUUGAAGCUUAAUUUCCUAUUCUUAUUUCUUUUCACUUUGCAGAGAGAGAAACUAGAUUGACUAAGGUUAGCCAUCCUUUAGGUAGCCAUAGCUAUCACAGUUUUGCAGUAGAGAUGCUAUGGCAACUAGUUAAAUAUAAAGGAAGCUAUGCGAUCUCCAAGUGAUUCUUCUGUUAUUUAUAGGAGUGGAGCCUGAAAUAUUUGAGGUUGCUGAUAUUGAUUCCCUUAAAGAGACAGUGAUAUGUAAUAGCUGUGAUAACUAGCGUGUGACUUGAAAACUUUGAGCUACACCCUGCAACAGCACAUGCAACCGUGCCCUAGUUCAAAUAGGAUUACAGCAGUGAUUGUGGGCCUCCCAGAUCUACUGUGCAUGUCUGGGUUUCAGAGCUCCUGUCAGGGACAGGCAGAACUCAUCAGGGUUUCUGUCUGCGUAUGUAUCAAACGACCCCGGACUGUCCAUUAGUAGCUCAGAUGAAGAGUUCAAGUGUGAACACCUUUAAAACAGGCUAACCUAUGAUAUUCCCAUACACUUAAUCCUAGUCUUCUCUCACUUCAUGUACUUCUUUUUUGCCUAUGCUAUUCUGGUCUUCUGAUUUCUUCCCAUUAAUGUACUAAUACUUCAUUAUGUACUUCAUACUAUACUUCAUACAAUACUUCAUACUAAUACUUCAAUAAUGUACUAAUACUACAUACUUCGUCCUCUUCAUUCAACUAUGCUUAAAUCCCCUCUUUCUUUCAAGUGCCCUAAAACCAUAGACUUUUGCCAUUUUAUCUUAUCUCUCUGUACUGGCUAGGUAGUUAGCCUGCAUGUGAAAUCAGAUUGCAAACUGAGGCACACUGCUUUUGGGUGUUUUCCAGCCUCCACAGCAGUAAGAAUUCUCUGUUGGGCACCCAUUAUGCUGCUGCUCUACUACUACUGUAAUGUCACUGUGAUUUCCAAUAAUAACAGGAAUGAGCACCUUAUUCUUCCAGGACCUCAAUGCUACAUGUUCCAAUUUUAUUGUUGAAAAAAGAGAUUAUACUUUUAAGUCUUAUCUGGAGGACUGGGUGAAUACUGUGUAGAAAAUCAUGCUGCAAAAGAGCUUAAAUGAAGUAGGACACUAGGAACUGCAGGACAUAAUUGAUCUUACAUAAAUGAUAGGUAAUAUCUGAGGAUCACUUAAGUUCAACUUCAAAAGGAGAGGUACUGCAAAGCCUUAUCAGAUCAAGCAGUUAAUUUUUCAGAAUUGGUGACCUUUAUGCAGCUGAAUCUUGAAAGAGAAUACUUGACUGUGCUGAGGUUCAUUAGAGUUGGUUAAUUAUCUUCUAGUACCUUUGUAGAAUAUGACAAGCAUGUGACGUUAAGACAACCCUAUAAAACGAAUGACUGCUAUUAGAAAGGUUCAGUGCUUUCCUCUAAAUGAACAGCACGAGCAGGCUGGCAGUCUGCACACCAUGAAUGAAGUCUUUUGGGUGAAAAGUCUCUGCUGAUCUCACCUUUCUGUUUUCUUUUCCACCAUGAAACACCUCCCCUUCUUUCUGCUUACUAAGGCUGUUGUCUCUCCUUCCAGACCUCUCCCAGAACAUUGUUUCUGAAACAUUAUCAACCAAAUACAAGCUUUUAUAGUAGUAAAAAAGUACUUGGGUAUUCACUUUAUCUAGCUGCCCAGCUGAAAAAUGUCACUUUUGUCCUACCUUUCCCAUUCCUCCAUUUACUUUGUUGCUUUCACUGGUUGUCUGACAUCAAACCUUUAGGUAUAUUCCUUCCAGACACCUGGGCAAACUUGAUCUCUUCUGAGAAACAUUGACACAUUUACAGAAUGAUGAGCGCUAUUUCUAAUUAUGAGCAAACAAUGAAAUUGCCCUUACUCCUUCAUUUCAAGAGACUUGGAAACAUGUGCUGAUAAGGGUAGAAAAGAAUAUAAGUGCUCAUACAGAUCCUAAUGUUCUGUUGAUCAAUAUUUUUAUUAUUUCAUUGCCUGUGAAACAGCCAUACCAGACAAAGCCUGGACCUCUCUGCUCUAGAGGCGUCUGACAUGGAAGCAGCCUGAGGGUGACGUGGGUCAGAACUGUAGUUGACAUAUGAAGACAUGUAGGAUUACUGGGAUUUAAGUAGUAGCAGAUGAUCAUGACAGUCAGAAAGGAAAGGCUCAGGCAGGCUCAGCUGAAGAGUGGGGAUUCUUAUUCCCCAUAAAGCUCAAAAAGUUUUCUCAUAAUUUUGCUAAGUGUGUCCCCAGAAGCAGAUAAACUCCUGUGAUAUGACAAUGCAUGGACAAAUUAAAAAGCCUUAUCCAUGAUGGGGCUUGUUCACAGUAAUUUCUCCCUAUGCAUGUGAGUAGUUCUUGUAACUUGAUUUAUAAUCACUCAGACUGUCACUUCUGCCUUUGGCCAUUGUUCCCAUCCUGUCUCCACAUUUCAGUUUAUCCUCACAGCAGUUGUGCAGGACACACAAGUACUCUUCUUCUUUUUGCAGAGGAGGAACUGAAGCAUUGAGACACCAUUUGCACAUAGCUUUAUUGUGCAAGAAGUAAUAACAUGAAUCAAGGUUUUCUAAGUCCCAGAUCACUAGUCCAGCCAUUUCUUCCACAGUGACUUCCAGCUUCUCCUGAUGAUCAUGUGCUGCAUUUUCGCUGUGUAUUGAAGUCCCUUCUAGAUGGCCAAUAUCAAAGUAGGAUUGUGGGCAUCUGAAAUAUAGUGCCUUGUUACUGAAGAAUCUCAGAAGACCCUCUCUCAAAAGGUUUAGAGAGCUGUGAUACUCAGCACCUAAACUGUGUGUACCCAACUCCAGGAAGGGAACCCUUGUGCUGAGUGAGGUGUCACACACAAGAAGCAAACAGGGGCAGAUGUUUAAAGCUGAGAUUGACAAUAGGCAUCCCAGUAUUCAGAGCACUCAGCCAGGCAGCAGGAAAUGCUGAAGAAAAGGAUAUGGCUGAAGUUGUUUCGCCUCCAUUUAGUAGUGUAACUCAGCUAUGGAGUUACAUGCUUUUGUGAGGCAGAACCCAAAACCAGCUCUUCAGCUUUGACACCUUAGUCAUGCACUUGAACACAGGCAAAUGAGGUGGCAGAACAGUCUGUUCCAGUGGCUCCUUCUUGUGUUGUCACUUUCUGGCCCUGCUCAGCCUCAGGGGCAUUGAACCCAGGGCUCCCUUCCUGCAAGACAGCCAGUCAUCAGGCAUGGGCCAUUCCUGGGGGACACCUCCUAGUCUCUUGUUGAUGGGAGAAGUCAUCCUUCAUCGUUAGUUCUGCAGUUGUGACAGCAGUGACAUGAUCUGUUGAUAGAUGCCAAGAGGAGCCCUGCUGAGCCUGAGGCAUUUUGAGUGAGAUUCACUCUGCUGCAACUUCCCUGCUGCAACUUCUCUGCUGCUCCCAUCCCUCCUGGUAGCACCCACCAAGCCCCAUUCAUUCAGAUCAGCUGGGUUGCCUUACUUCUACCUUGAAGUGUGAACAUGGGGGAACAUGUACUUGUGUACAGCCAUAAACCGCUCAUGGGAAGGACCUCAUGAACACUGUGAACUCCAAGAGAGCUUCUGCCUAGAUGGGGUUUUGAGCAUCUUGUGGAAAAUCACCAGCUGGGGUCUCUCCCUUGCUCCUAAACUUGCAGGCGUACGGGGUGUGCAUUGGAACGUUUCUUUCGUGUAGUUUGUGUGUUCAGUAAAUAAGGGAGAUAACAGUUCCUGCUGUGAAGGAUUUGUAACACACACGUGUGGACAAUAUCUCGAGGAAGAGGUGAAACCUGCUGCCAGCCCCCUCUUCUCCCCAGAGUUCCCGCUGGCUUUCCCGCUGCACGUCGCUGGAGCCGAGGAAGGCAGCCCUCGUUUCACAGCCUUGCCGUGCCCCAAACGAGAAAAGCCGCUGAACCGGGCAGCACGAAGGAAAAAGGAAAAUAAAUUCGAGGGACGUGACCCCUUCUGCCCUUGACUCACGGAAAAAUACGGAGGGGAGAACGCGGCUCUGGGCGCAGGGACCACCCCUGAUCGGGAGGAAAGAGCCCGGGGCCCCGCUCACCUCCGCGGCCCCAGACCCGCCCGCAACGGCCGCGAGGGCAGGGCGGGAAGCGGUGAGGUCGUGGCCCCGCUCCCCUUCCCCCCGGUGGCCCCUCACGGGUGGGCGAUGGCCAGACCCAGCCGCCGCUCUCCCGCCCUUCUGGGGCUGUCCGCCCCACCACCGGGGCCGCGGGGUCGGCCCAGCCCGCAGCAGAGCGGGGAGCACCCGGGGCGCCCCGCUGGCCUUUCCCCCCGCGGCAGCCCCGCAUGCGCGGGCGGGCUGGGGGAGGAAGCGAGAGGGCACCAAAUUCAAAUCGCUGCUGAGGAGGGAGGGGAGAAAACCGGGGAAGGAGGCAGCCGGGGGAGCGGAGCGGAGGAGGGAGGAAAGAGGAGGGAGUGGGAGGGGAGUGUGGAAGACUCUAAGGGAACGCGGCAGCGGCUGAGAGAGGAGGCACGGCGGACGGUGAGGAAAGGCAGAGGUGUCAGGGGAAGGACAGGGCGGCUUCGGGCACCCACGGCUGCAGCGCGGGGCAGCCGCCCCAGCCCGCCCGCCGCGCUCCGCCCGCCCUCCUCCCGCCCGCCCGCCCGCCAGCACCAUGGUGGACAGGGGCCCCUUACUGACUUCGGCCAUCAUCUUCUACCUGUCCAUCGGGGCGGCGAUCUUCGAGGUGCUGGAGGAGCCGCACUGGCGCUCGGCUACCGACGACUACAAGCGGCAGAAGACGGAGCUGCUCAAGCAGUUCCCUUGCCUGGGCCAAGAGGGGCUGGACAAGAUCCUGCAGGUUGUGUCAAAUGCCGCUGGACAGGGGGUUGCCAUCACUGGGAACAAUACUUUCAACAACUGGAACUGGCCUAAUGCUGUGAUCUUUGCUGCUACUGUGAUCACUACAAUCGGUUAUGGAAAUGUUUCUCCAAAGACACCCUCUGGGCGUCUCUUCUGCAUAUUUUAUGGGCUCUUUGGAGUUCCUCUCUGCUUGACGUGGAUCAGUGCUCUGGGGAAGUUCUUUGGAGGACGUGCCAAGAGGCUGGGCCAGUUUCUGACGAAAAGAGGAGUAAGCCUGAGGAAAGCACAAAUUACAUGCACAGCUAUUUUCAUUGUUUGGGGUGUCUUGGUUCAUCUGGUUAUUCCUCCCUUUGUCUUUAUGGUGACUGAAGGAUGGGAUUACAUUGAAGGCCUCUAUUUCUCAUUCAUCACUAUCACCACCAUAGGAUUUGGAGAUUUUGUUGCUGGUGUAAAUCCAGAUGCAAACUAUCAUGCCCUUUACAGAUAUUUUGUGGAGUUAUGGAUCUAUCUGGGACUAGCUUGGCUUUCACUCUUUGUUAACUGGAAAGUCAGUAUGUUCGUGGAAGUCCACAAAGCAAUCAAGAAACGGAGGAAAAAAAGAAAAGAGUCAUUUGACAACCAUCCCCGGUCUAAAAAACCCCUUCAAAUGGGUACCUCAAAGGAUGUCAACAUUUUCAGCUUCCUUUCGAAGAAGGAAGAGACCUACAAUGAUCUUAUUAAGCAAAUUGGGAAGAAGGCCCUAAAGACAAGCAAUGACAAAAUUAUUAAAGUAGAAAAUGGCAAACAAAAUAUGCAGAAUGCCAGUAUAGAUGUCCAGGUGACUUUCACAAAGACAGAGUCAUUUGAGUAUGAUGAGGCUUCCCUGGACAUACAAAAUGGUCACGUACUGAGACCCCUGCAUGAUAAACGUAUUGGAGACAGCCCUCUAGAGGGAACCUUGUUUGUUAACCAGCUAGACAGGAUUAGUGAAGAAGAAGGUGAAGUGUGGGAUUCCAGAGACUAUCGACCCUUGAUAUUUGAGAAUGCCAAUAUAACGUUUGUAAAUGAAGAUGAUGAUGAAGAGGAAGACAUUUCAGAUGAUGAGGAAACGUCAAAAUCCUCCAUGGAUGAUAAUCUUGCAGAGGAAUCUGAAACUGCAAAAAAACUGGUAAAAUUCCCAUCCUCUGAUGAAUCUACCUUUACCAAUAACGAGCUAGAACUUUCUGUGCCUUAUGAACAACUGAUGAAUGAAUAUAAUACAGUAAACAAUGUGAAGGUUGCAACGUGAAGCACAUUUGACAAUGGUUUUCUGAAAGUGUUCACUGCAUAUUGAACAAAUUAACAGAGCAAGGAGAAAAGCAUGUCUUUGCAGCUUCUCCUGUCUCUUUGAAAACAAAAGCAAGUCCCAAACUAGUAAACUCCAGUGUCCUUUUCCUGUCCGAAGUGGGUUUCUGAGCCCAUCAGCUCUGCUUAUCUGAAAAACUUGUAAAAUAACAGUUGAAUUUGGAGUCCUCCUUCUUGGGAUUUAUGGUUCUUGAACAAAGUGGAAAAGACUAGUUAAUACACUGGACCUGCUCUACAUUUAUGCAUUUCAUUGAGGAAUUAGUUUGGGAGUGUAACUAUACUGUUGCAAAGAGACUGUUUCGGGUAUCAAAUGUGUUCUUUUAUUCCAGUAGCCUUUCACCUCUGAAAACCUGGAUUUGAAUCCUGCUUUGAUCACAAAUGAAAGCAAGGGGUUUUCUUUAUUUGUUUUUGCGUUGCCCCUUGUUAAGUUUUUACCACAAAAAAAAACCUAAAGUGGUGCAACCACUUGUUGUACUUAAUGAGAAACUUUAGGUGGAAUACCAGGACACGCAGAUCUGAGCUGAGGUGCGCUGGCAGACUGAGGAGGAAGCUUCUGAAACAUCUGUCUAGAAUAUGUCAGUGCUUGUCAAAUUAUAGUGAAUUAUAAUUUCAUAAAUAAAAUAUUCAAAUUAAAAAUUCCAAAGGAAUGGAUCAAGAAGGAGCCUUCUAAUAAGGAAGAAUAGAAUCAUCUGGGAUGAAGCUUGCCAAUUGGGCUGCUAAACUGCACAUCAGCCCCAGAACUGUUAAAGAGUAAAGUGACUGAAGACCUAUUGAUCAAAGCAUGUGUGAGCACAAGCAGGAUGGAAUGAACUUUUUAAAUGUUGAAAGUGUCCUGCCACUGUCCGAUUUCCUAGAGGAAAUACUUGAAUGAACCUUAUACAGUAUCUAUGUACAGGUGAAGUUUUAUUGACAUAGUUCUUUUGAGGAAAAAAAUCACCUUGGGAGGCACAGAUAUGCUCCAAAUGCCCUGAUGCCUGUCAGAAGGGACCUGUCGCACUGCUGAUCUGUGUGGUGCGUUAGUCAGUAUUGUUGUGUGAUGUUCCUCCCUGCCUUGGUACUUCAGACUAGACUUGAAUGAGAGAUGAUUUUUGAAACAGUUGAUUACACUUUGCUUUUUAAAGUUUGACCUAUGUGCAUAUAUAAUGGUUAUUCUAUCCCACUUUCAGGAAGGCUGGGCAAUGUCAAAUCUUGGGCAAAAUGAGAUGUGAUUAGGUCACUCAAGGCCGUAAGGCACUGUUAAAAAGGAUCUUUGGCUCUGAGCUCCUGCAAGUAUUAUAUUUUGCCUUGGAGAUGGGCUUGUCAUUGAAAAGGAAGUAUGUCUCUUCAUUACAUUUAUGUCCAAAUUGUUUGGGCUACAAAGAAAAUUAUACCAUGUGUUUUUUUUUCUUUCCUUUUCCAUAUCUAUGCUUUAACCCUGACAACUCUUUCAAACGAGGCUCUUGAUUACGUGUUGGCAAAAGGUACUGACUUUGGUUGUAUCCAGUAUAGUUGGAACAGAAAGUAGCCAAGAUUUUUGAACCUUAACAUGUCAGACUCUGUUCUGUUUAGUUUUACAGUAAUUUAAGUCAUUCCAGUAUGUCCAAAAGUUUCCAAAGUUCAGGGAACAGUUAAAAGUUGUCUCAGUCUUGUUUUCAGUAUAGUGCUGGCAGACUCACUAGCUCUUUAAGAAGACCUUAUGGAAUCUUGCGAAGCUAAUUGUUAAUUACUAGCUGUUUCUAAUAACUGCAAAUACUGGCUGCAGGUUCGGUUGCCGGCCUCUUCCACAGAAUAAGGGCAUACAGGAAACAGGCUGGGUAACCUGUUGAUGGGAAGUUUUGAAGUCAUCUACUAUGAAACAAGGAACUGUCUUUACUAGUCUUUUUUUUUUUAGAAUUUUUCACAUGUAUGACACCUUUUCAAACAAACUGAACACAAGGCUAGGGCCAACUCUUAUACUGGCAAAAACCUGUAAUCUACAUAAUUGGAUUUGGUAGUUAAUCCCUAUUUAAUGAUAAUAUCACUGAAGAGACAUUCUAAUUUGAAAUAGAAUUUUAUUACUGCUAUUUGGAACAGGGGUGUCUGGAUGAAUUUUACUUAUAUCUGACAGGAAAGAGGCAGAGGCCUUAUUGAUAAGAUUCUAAUUUACUUCUAAUAAAUACCACCCCCCCCAAUCAUUUUAAAAUUACUCCAAGCCCUUCAAGUAUUUAAUAUAUCUGAGGCAUUGUGGUUCACAACUAUACAUUUUAACUGUAAGAAAUUGUAGGUCAGACUACAUGCAUGAUUCACAGAAUGUUUGUAUAGCAAGUCUAGCCUUCUCUUUUUUUUAAAAAAGUGCACAUUAACUUAAAAGAAAAUGAGAAAGCACUCCAUACAGCUUUUGUUGUCCUUCAACUUGUCUUCCAUUAUUGAUGCAAAGAUCACAGUUUUAGUGACCGAUAGAAAGCUACAGGACAGUGAGGAGCGAGGAGGUUUGCUGAAAGUGCAUGAAAUAGAAAAGCAUAGUCCGAACUUCAUUUAAAAAGAAAAUAAAAAUCUCUUUAAUACAGAAAUAAUACAACCCAGACACUUGGCUGGGCUGCUUUGAUUGGAAGGGGGUGUUGCACACUGGAACCCAGACUCUCCUUUCUCUGUAGCAAAGUGUACUUGUACGCCAGAGCUGAGAAUGGAUGGGAUCUGGUUCAUAUUAUCAAGUUAGAUGUGUCUCUCUGGCCUUUCCCAGUGUAGUCAGCAUGGACUCUAUGUAUGCAUAAUAAGUAUCAUGGGAUUUAAAGUAAUAGUUUAAGUUUAUUAAAACAAAGUACAAUAUUACCACUUUUUUGGGGGGAAGCAUGAUCACACCUCACAAAACUCUUCUCAAGACAUCCCACCAUGUGCCUUAAUGUAAUACUAACACUGGGAAAAAAUUCCUCCUUACACAGGGGCCGACACAAUUUGUCUCGCUAAGCCCUACUUGUUCUCAGUGUUUUGGAGGGGUUUAGUUGGCGCAGAGCUUUCAUACUGGCUCUCUCCAAAAAGCUGUACCCUUUCCCAGGGUUUGAAAAAUUACGGUGCCAUCUCAGAACUGCUGAAGUGCUAAGCAAGACAGCUUUUUGCUUGCCUGUCUUCCAUGUCUUGAGAAAAGCAGCUGCCUUGAGGGAUUUAAAUCAGUGUUUUCUUCUGUCUUCAGGUUUACCUGUAGUGAGUUAGAGGGGUGUCCAGGCUGGAUUUUAGGCUAAUCAGCCCCAAAAGUGCCUCUGAGUGAAUUCCCCAGUGCUACUUGGUAGGGUUUGUAGUUAUUUCUAUUAUCUGGUUAAUCUGGAAACAUUUUCUUGGCUAACCAAUAAUGUUAACAGCUCUCUUAAUGCUAUGGAAUUGGUUUUAUAGGUGAGACAGAUCUCUUCCUGGAAAGAGAGGAAAGGGGAUUUUUAAAAAUAAGAAGAAGAAAAAAAAGAGCUUAAAAGCACAUAUAAGGAAGGGACGGAAUAGUAGAAACUCUACUUUAUAGCUGUUGCCUUCAAGUAGAUUGUAUUUCCAGUCACAUGUGAAGCAUGGGUCCAUUUUCACAAUAUAGAUUUGCUGAUUUUGCCAAGAAGAGCCAGUACUUUAAUUUUUUUUUUUAAUGAAAAAAUCCUGAAAUGUGACAACAAAAGUCUCUUCCUACAAAAACCCUUUUAAGUGCUAUAAACGAUGUGACCCCCAUCCUUCACGCCAUCAUUGUGACACUUCUUGGUUUUGUCUUAUAUGCUAUUGAAGCCUAUUUUUACCAGAAGGGCAUAAUUUUCAGAUACAUAUUUUACAGCAGGCAGUCUAACACAUCUGAUACACUGGUACGAAAUCACUGAGGAAAUACAAAAAGUGUUGUGUUAAAUUUUUCUGAAUUAAUGGUUUGUGAAUCUGUUGCUGGCAAUGGAUGUCACAAAACAUGCAGAAAUAAAACCAUAGACUGAUAACAGAUCCAUGGUGAAACAAUUGUAUAUGUUGAGAUUAUUUUGCCUCUCCAGUUGAUCUGGGAGAUUAUGUACAGAGACAGACAAGCGUCACUGAUGAGGGGAGCAAAAAGCAAUAUACAAGUCUGUUGACUUAAACAGAAAAAACACAAGAACUCUGUUGUAGACUUGUAACUUUUGUGCCUCGUGGGAUUUAUUCCAUUUGUGAUGGAUUUACCUUUAAAAAAAUGAGCUUGUCUUUCAUAUGGCUUUUGAAGUUUGUACAGUUCUGACUCCUACCACUCCAUAAUAUGCCUGUCUGUCUGUUCUUCGUUGCUAAUUGUCACUGGAAUCACACUGUAUGUAAAUAUUUGCUAAGUCUUUGUAAAAUGUAAUUUAUUUUAAUAUUUUGCAAUAAAAAUUUUACAAGUUA